UGGCGGCAGCUCCCGCGGCUGGGCGUGUGCCCGGCCCCCGGUGCUGCGUGACCGCGCGGGAGGAGCAGGAGGAGGAGUGUGGGUGCGGGGAAUUUCCUUGUGUGGCGGCAGAGGAACAACACCGCUCCAGACGGCGGGGCUGCGAGGAGGGCGCUGCCGCCGCCGCCGGUUGCCGAGCGAUGUGAGGGGGAGCCCCCCCUGCGCCCUCCCCUCCCUGCCCCUGGAGCCGCCUGCUUUCCCCCUCCCUCCCCUCGCUCAUCCCCGCCCCGCCAUGCCGGACCAGAUCUCCGUGUCGGAAUUCGUGUCCGAGACCAAUGAAGAUUACAAGUCACCCACCGCCUCCAACUUCACCACCCGGAUGGCCCAGUGCAGGAACACGGUGGCGGCCAUCGAGGAGCAUGAGUCAAGUUUUACAAGAACGAGUGGAAGUGAAGCCCAUAUUUCUGUUCUGUUUAUUGGGGCCAGUGCUGGACCAAGCUCUGGAUGUUGACCGAACUGUUCUCUAUAAAAUGAAGAAAUCUGUCAAAGCCAUAAACUUAUCUGGUCUGGCUCACGUGGAAAAUGAAGAACAGUAUACACAAGCACUGGAGAAGUUUGGUGGCAACUGUGUUUGCAGGGAUGACCCAGAUUUGGGAACAGCAUUUUUAAAAUUUUCUGUGUUUACAAAGGAAUUAACUGCACUCUUCAAAAAUUUGAUUCAGAAUAUGAACAACAUAAUCACUUUUCCAUUGGACAGUUUGCUGAAGGGAGACCUGAAAGGAGUAAAAGGGGACCUGAAAAAACCAUUUGAUAAAGCUUGGAAGGACUAUGAAACAAAAGUUACAAAAAUAGAGAAGGAGAAAAAAGAGCAUGCUAAGCUGCAUGGAAUGAUUCGAACAGAAAUAAGUGGAGCUGAAAUUGCAGAAGAGAUGGAGAAAGAAAGAAGGUUCUUCCAGUUACAGAUGUGUGAGUACCUGCUGAAAGUCAAUGAAAUCAAGAUUAAAAAAGGAGUGGACUUGCUUCAGAACUUGAUCAAGUAUUUUCAUGCUCAGUGCAAUUUCUUUCAGGAUGGGUUAAAAGCAGUUGAAAGUCUCAAACCUUCGAUUGAGAUGCUCUCGACAGAUCUUUAUACAAUUAAACAAGCACAAGAUGAAGAACGAAGACAGUUAACACAGCUCAGAGAUAUUUUAAAAUCAGCACUCCAAGUUGAUCAGAAAGAGGAUUCUCAGAUUCGUCAGAGUACAGCUUACAGUUUACAUCAACCUCAGGGAAACAAGGAGCAUGGCACUGAGCGGAGUGGCAGUCUCUACAAGAAAAGUGAUGGAAUCAGAAAAGUGUGGCAGAAAAGGAAGUGCUCAGUUAAAAAUGGUUUUCUUACAAUUUCCCAUGGUACAGCUAACCGACCUCCAGCAAAGCUCAAUCUGUUAACCUGCCAAGUGAAAACAAACCCAGAGGAGAAAAAGUGUUUUGACCUCAUAUCACACGACAGAACAUACCACUUUCAAGCAGAGGAUGAACAGGAAUGUCAAAUAUGGACAUCUGUGCUACAAAACAGCAAAGAGGAAGCUUUAAAUAAUGCAUUCAAAGGAGAUGAUAACACAGGAGAAAAUAAUAUUGUCCAGGAACUGACAAAAGAAAUUAUAUCUGAAGUCCAGAGGAUGACUGGAAAUGAUGUUUGUUGUGACUGUGGAGCACAAGAUCCUACCUGGCUUUCAACAAAUUUGGGAAUUUUAACUUGCAUUGAAUGCUCAGGAAUACAUAGAGAACUUGGUGUUCACUAUUCCAGAAUGCAAUCACUUACAUUAGAUGUGCUGGGAACAUCUGAACUUUUGCUUGCAAAGAAUAUUGGGAACGCUGGAUUUAAUGAGAUUAUGGAAUUCUGUCUUCCAGUUGAUGAGAUGGUCAAACCUAAUCCAAGCAGUGAUAUGAAUGCAAGAAAAGAUUACAUUACUGCCAAGUAUAUUGAGAGAAAAUAUGCAAGGAAGAAGCAUGCAGACAAUGCAGCUAAAUUGCACGCUCUUUGUGAAGCAGUGAAAUCAAGAGACAUUCUUGGAUUAGUUCAAGUAUAUGCUGAUGGCGUGGAUCUCACAGAAAAAAUUCCACUGGCCAAUGGCCACGAGCAAGAUGAAACAGCACUGCACCUCGCUGUUAGAUCAGUUGAUCGAACAUCCCUUCAUAUAGUUGACUUUUUAGUGCAGAACAGUGGCAAUCUAGAUAAGCAAACCUGUAAAGGUAGCACAGCCCUGCAUUACUGCUGUCUAACAGACAACGUUGAGUGCCUCAAACUGCUGCUGAGAGGGAAGGCUUCUAUUGAAAUAGCAAAUGAAGCAGGAGAGACGCCACUUGAUAUAGCUAAACGUUUAAAACAUACUCACUGUGAAGAGUUGCUUACUCAAGCACUAUCUGGAAGAUUUAAUUCUCAUGUUCAUGUAGAAUAUGAAUGGCGAUUACUUCAUGAAGAUUUGGAUGAAAGUGAUGAUGAUGUGGAUGAAAAGCUGCAGCAACCCAGUCCCAACCGGAGAGAGGACAGGCCUGUCAGCUUCUACCAAAUUGGAUCAAACCAACUUCAGCCUAAUGUAGCAUCCUUGGCAAGAGAUGCAGCAAACAUUGCUAAGGACAAGCAAAGAGGAUUUAUGCCAAGUAUAUUACAGAAUGAAACAUAUGGAGCAAUACUCAGUGGCAGUCCACCUUCCAUUCAGCCUGCAGUACCUGUUACAAGUAGUGCACCUCCUCUACCUCCAAGGAAUAUUGGCAAAGUUCAGCCUUCAGUUCUUGGCAGUGGUAUUCAGACAAUUUCUUCAUCUAAUGCAAUGUGGAAGACAAAUUCUUUAGGAGUGGAAAGUAUAAGCAGGCAGAGGUCUUCAUCAGAUCCACCAGCUAUUCAUCCCCCUGUGCCGCCAUUGCGUGUAACAUCUACAAAUGUACUUUCUCCAGCACCACCACCUCCAGUGGCAAAGACAGCCAGCAUUAUAGAAGCUUUGAACCAGCAAUCAAAACAGCAGCCAGCUCCUCCACAAACCAAGCCAACCCCCCCACCACUGCCCCCACAACCUCCAAGCAGAAUCUCUCAGAGAAAGCCUAUUCCUGGGACUGAGAAGUCAUCUGGCUUAACUAACAAAGGGCAGACCAGAGGACUUGGAUCUCUACAACAACCUGCAGGAGAGUCGUCUUCUGUAUGUGACAUUCCAGGAACACAGACUGGUUCUACAGCAAAUACUUUGGCACAAAUCCAACCACCAGCACCAAUGCCAAGGAAAUCACAAAUAUCAAAAACUAAACCCAAAAGAGUAAAAGCAAUUUACAACUGUGUAGCAGAUAACCCAGAUGAGCUGACUUUUUCAGAGGGAGAUAUUAUUGUAGUUGAUGGUGAAGAAGAUCAGGAGUGGUGGAUUGGUCAUAUUGAUGGAGAUCCCAGUCGGAAAGGAGCUUUCCCUGUAUCAUUUGUGCACUUUAUUGUUGACUAGAUUGCUACUGAUAAGUGGAGACAUUUCUCAUUUCCAGCAGUCACAGAAAUAAGUUUUGUUCUAUUUCAUUUCACCUACCUAUCUGCAGCCACCUUGCCAGAGCACUGCCCAAGUCCUAGGUACUGUAGCUUACUUUUUUAUUGCCAUCCUUCUGAUUUUGGGACUUUUAAACUUUUUUCUACGUGAAAACUUCUCAUAAGCAGUUUACACUUUAAAAAAAAACCCUCUUCCUGUAUUUUUUAAGGUGAACUGAAAAGCUUUA